AUGAGGAAACAUCCUGUGGAUCAUUACAAAAGAAAGAAAAGAAGUAAUGCUCUAAGUCCAACCGUAGGAACAAUAAAUAUACAACAAGUCCGCGAGGAAAUAAAUAACAAGCUCAGUGAAGUUUGUAAAUCCUCCAACAGUAUAUGCCAGGCAGGACCUCCAGGACCACCAGGAGCCCUUGGAUAUCCCGGAUAUAAGGGAGAGAAAGGGGCCCCUGGAAGGGAAGGACCACCAGGCCCAUCGGGGCCUAUCGGAGCUCAAGGCUUGGGUGGCAUAAGAGGACCCGUGGGACCUCAAGGAGUAAAGGGAAACAAAGGCGACAAAGGGUCUGUUGGAGCAACUGGGAUAAAAGGAGAGACGGGAGCGAAGGGUCUUCAAGGACGAAAAGGAUCUAUUGGCUCAAAAGGAAAUAAAGGCAACAAAGGAUCGGUUGGUAUUCAGGGACCGAAGGGAGAAUGUGUUGUUCCCAUGAGAAUCAGUGUGUAUCCAGUAUCUCAGGAGGUUUUUGCAGGCGAGACAGCAAUAUUUUACUGUUGGGUUCAAGCUACAGGUUCUCCACCUCCCAGAAUUGAAUGGUACCGAGCCCAAAAACAAUCUGUUUCCAUCCCGGUUAACCAGGAAGACAGAUGUCUCCUAGUUAACACAGAUAAAGAAAACGCUGAAGGAGACUACAUCUGCCGGGCCACCAGCAGAUUAGGAUUGGCAGAGACAGUUACCACGGUGAUUGCAACGAGAUUUAUUGGUAUGACAUUAGUUUUGAUAACAGCUUACCUAUGUCUUGUGUCAACGAGUUCUUGUCAUAAUAAUUGCAGAAGAACAACUAACCAGCAGCUAAAGUAA